AAGGCAAGAUGGCGGUUUGCGUUCGCCUCGUUCGUGUGGAUUGUUAGUGUUCUGGAUCUAGCUGAUGUUCACCUUGUCUAAGUUUUGAUAUCCGGAGGGAUUCGUUUGGUGAAAAUCGAGAGCCAUUCCCUAGAACUGCUUACGUUGUAGCAGGGACACAAGCAGACCAAGCCAAGAAAAACAAAAUUUUUGUCAUCAAGAUGCUGCGUAUGGACAAGACAAUCCCCCACCAUCUUACGUUUCCAGCAACAGAAAUUGUGAUGGUACUUCAUUUGUACCCAUUUUAGCAAAUUUUUUCAUCUUCCAUCAAGGAUCAAUAUUUUUCAUCAGAGUCAGCAUAAAGACAACCUGAAAAUGAAGAACGGCGGAUGGCUCAGAAAUCAAGUGAAAAUUUCAGAAAGAAGAGAGUGGCAGCAAGGAAUCCCCAUUCUAAUCCAUCCACUUCCAUGAAUGUGUCACGAUGACAAGAAAUUUUUUUGUGAUGAUGAGUUCAUGUUUAAUUUCGUUGACUCAAUCCAAACAGAAUCUCCUCGGAGUCUGUGGAGAAGGCAAUCUCUCAUUUGACGUAUUUGGAUAAGCAAUGUGCAUUGCUGCCAAUCUGUGAAACAAACAUUGAUGACUGUGCUUCAUCUCCAUGCAUGAACAUAGGUAUUUGCAAAGACGGAAUUGGAAAGUUCUCUUGCGAUUGAGAACCUGGUUCGAUCGGUCAGCGAUGCGAAUCAGUUGAGGUUCAUACCAGAAUAAACCUUGCCAGAAUGUUGCUAACUGUAUUAAUCUCUUCAGAGAUUUCUUGUGUGUGUGUCCAUCUGGAACAGCCAGUAAACAAUGUAAAACUGCUCUUGAACGAUGCAUCGGCAUUCCUUGCAUGCACGGAGGUCACUGCCAAGAUUUUGUCUCAAGGUUGAACUGUAUGUGCCCUGUGGACUAUGAAAGUAUCGAAAGCCAGUAUGAGUUUGACGCUUGCAGAGCAGAUGUCUGCAAGAAUGGUCCUCCGUGUGUUGACAAUUGCCCUGGGUACAAGUGUAUUUGCCCUCGUCCAUUCACAGGCAAAAAUUUUAAUGAGUACAGAGUUGACUGUCAUGAAAACUCAAGCCCACCAACGGCAACUUGCGUAAAUUCGACAGGCAGGUUCUAUUGUCAGUGCCCAUUCAAUCUCACAGGAGAUGACAGCAGAAGAACAAUUCAAGUUGAUUAUCAUCUAAGUUUCCCUGAAUCCCAAGCCAGUAGUGCCGUUCUUAGUGUACCAUUCCGAAUUUCCGGAAUAACUACCUUCACUAUUCCCAUGUGGGCACAGUUCUCCCACCGCAAUGAACCUGGUGUCUUCUUCACCUUAUACAGUGUGACAUCUGAUCAUAGAGCAAGCUUGUCUAACCUCAUUCAACUGGAGUUUAGAUUUCUCUCGUCCCUGAAAUUCAAGAUGUACCUUUAGCCUUCCAAGAGUACAAACAAAUAAUGAUGGUCAGUGGCACCACAUUGCCAUUGCUUUGGAGCAAGGAACUCUCACACUGGUCAGAGAAGGACUCAUCGCCAGCAAAAAUGAGGGCUUUGGUACUGGAAGACAACUCCCAGAAUUGCUGGGUUGUUUUGGGCAAACCAAGACGGAACAUUGCGAAGGCGUAUGCUGAAGCUGGUUUCCAAGGACAUUAGACCAAGGUCCUAGAUCGUCCCAUGAUUUUGACAUUACAAA